UUCUCCUCCAGUUCUGUCCUAGAUUCUCUGCCUACCAGCUCCUAUUUUUUUGGUUUAUAAUGACAUACUACGACAGCCUUCAUCUUGUCAGAGGUGGUCAAACAUGAGAAGCAGCAAAGCGUAUAGGCAGUAGAAAACAUUUUAAGCUUCUCAGUGAUUUUACUCCCGAACAGUGAACGAACUCAGUUCAGACCUACGCAGAAACUUUAAAGAGAAGAAGAAAACGGAAGAAGAGGAAAAUGUAUCACCAUCAUCAGCACCAUCCUCAUCAUUUGUUCAUGCAAGAGGGGAAUGGCAUUGCGGAUGCAGGGCUAGUACUCUCGACUGAUGCUAAGCCUAGACUUAAGUGGACACCAGAACUACACCAACGCUUCAUAGAAGCAGUCAAUCAGCUUGGAGGUGCAGAUAAAGCUACUCCAAAGACAAUAAUGAAGCUAAUGGGGGUUCCAGGACUUACCUUGUAUCACUUAAAGAGUCAUCUUCAGAAGUACAGGCUCGGUAAGAAUCUACAAGGACAGAUUAGUAAUGGAAUCAACAAGAUUGGUUGUACAAGCAGAGAACCAGAAGACAGGAUGUCUGAAGUAAGUGGAGCACUAAUGAGCCAUACAAACCUUGGGGGUCAAACAAACAACAGCUUGCAGAUAAAUGAGGCAAUACAGAUGCAGAUCGAAGUCCAAAGAAGGCUUCAUGAUCAGCUUGAGGUGCAACGACAUUUGCAGCUGCGGAUAGAGGCCCAGGGGAAGUACCUACAGUCCGUUCUGGAGAAAGCCCAACAGACACUUGGAGGACAGACACUCAGUUCGACUAGACUUGAUGCAGAUCAAGUUCAACUAACCGAGCUAGUCACAGAAGUGUCCACCGAUUGCAUAAACGCUACAGUUUCAUUGCUGAAAAAUCCACUUGCCCUCUGCCAUGCUCAAGGACAAACAACGCAGCCUACAGAUGGUUCACUGGACAGCUGCCUGACAACGUGCGAGGGAUCUCAUGCGGACCAAGAUAUGCAAAAUGUUGGGAUGGGAUUGAGACCUUACCAACAAACUGCACCCUUAACGCAGAAGGAAACUAGAGAAUUCAGGCUCGAGCAGACUGAACCAACAUGGCGUGAAAAAAUAACUGAAACUAAAAUGUUCUCUUCACCAAUUGAAAGUGACCUGGAGAGUAUGUUGUUCCCUAUCAAAGGUAGAACCAGUGACUUAUCUAUAAGCACUACAGCUAACGGGAAAACCGGCAAAACCAGGAUAUCCAUUUCUGAGAGAAGGGACAAGGAUGACAAUUUCCAAGACCAAAGCGACGACAGGAAAAUUUCAAUUUGCUUGGAUAAUGAGAAGAAAACAGAUAUAUUUUUUCCUUCUGUAGCAGAGGCACUGGACUUAAAUACCCAAGGAAAAAACGGUGCUGUAUCGAACUGCAAACAAUUCGACUUGAAUGGAUUCAGCUGGAACUGAGAUACUGCAAAGACAACUGAUAUAUGAAAUUAAAAGAUACACUGUAACUUUGGAUCUCGGAAGGCUAUGGAGAGAACAGAUCUCACAUAAGAGUGGACCAGAAAGAGACUGAUAAAGCUGAGUGCUAAUAUAACAUAUAAACAAAGCAUGAUGAGGUUUAGCAUCAGUCAUAACAAUAACGUGUUACAAUUUGAUAUUUAACUUGAAUAAGAGUUUACUAGAUUAUCAUAAGCUUCAGUAAGUUUAUGGAUGGACAUAUUUCAAUCAGCAUCAUGUAGGUAAAGAGCCUCAAAAAAAGCCAGCAAGUGCAGUUAUAUAGUAGUGAGGGGAAAAAAAUGCUCAUUUGUCACAGAAAUUUAGUUUGCAGGUAUGUUGUAAAGGCAUGAAAUUUCAAUUCAUUUAGGAUCAGCAGUUUUCAAAAUCAAGUGAUCAAAAAAUUGUAUGCAUCUGGCAGCUAGAAAUAUCAUAAACUAAUCAAUAUUAGAGAAAGUAUCAAGCAGGAAACCACCAUAUACGCAUUUAUAGUUAAGAGCAAAAUAAAAAAGCACCUGAUAUUUUGGCAUC